AUGGAUCCCGAAGAUCGAAUCCCAGAACGUAGAAAGAAUGCCUUCAAGUCAAAAGGCGUCUUCAGGAUAGACGAACUUCGUCGUCGUAGAGAGGAACAACAGGUGGAGAUUCGUCGUAAACAUAGAGAAGAGUCUCUUUCUAAACGUCGUAAUAUGAAUAUCUCAACCACUGCUGCUUCAGAUUCGGAAGACGAAGCACAAAUAGCAGCCGCAAACGCCCUACUUAAAGAACAACUUCCAUCGUUGAUCGAAGGCGUGCUUUCUAAUGAUAUCGAUGCUCAAUUGGCUGCUACUACCAAGUUCAGAAAAUUAUUAUCCAAGGAGAGAAGUCCUCCUAUUCAAAUUGUCAUUGACUGCGGCGUCAUCCCUCAUUUUGUCGAAUUCCUAAAAUCUCCUCACACUCUUCUUCAAUUUGAAGCUGCUUGGGCUCUCACUAACAUUGCAUCUGGUUCCCCUGAACAGACCAAGGUAGUCAUCGACGCGGGAGCUGUCCCUAUCUUUGUCCAGUUAUUAGAGAGUAAUGUCGCUGAUGUCAAAGAACAAGCUGUAUGGGCUUUAGGCAACAUUGCUGGAGAUAGUCCCCCUUGCCGUGAUUACGUCCUUCGCGAAGGUGCUCUGCGUCCGUUGUUGCGCAUUUUACACGAGCAACAUAAAAUAUCCUUGCUGCGUAAUGCGACGUGGACCUUAUCGAAUUUCUGUCGCGGUAAAACUCCUCAACCCGAUUGGACUUACGUAUCACCAGCACUGCCUAUUCUCGCUAGACUCAUUCACUCUACUGACGAGGAAGUGUUAAUAGAUGCGUGUUGGGCGCUAUCUUAUUUGUCAGACGGAUCCAACGAGAGAAUUCAGGCUGUUAUUGAAUCAGGUGUCUGCAGGAGAAUCGUUGAGUUACUCAUGCAUCCAUCGCUUUCUGUGCAGACCCCAGCAUUGAGAACUGUUGGUAAUAUUGUAACUGGAGAUGAUCUUCAGACUCAAGUGAUUGUUAAUUGUGGGGCUCUUCCCGCUCUGUUGAAUCUUCUUGCCAGUCAGAGGGAGGGUCUUCGCAAGGAAGCAUGUUGGACUAUUUCAAAUAUUACAGCUGGUAAUUGUGAUCAGAUACAAGCGGUUAUCGAUGCGAAUAUUAUUCCGCCACUCAUCAACAUCUUACAAACUGCGGAUUUCAAGACUCGUAAGGAGGCUUGUUGGGCUAUUUCGAAUGCUACUUCCGGUGGUGUGAACAGACCGGAUAUCAUCAAGUAUCUCGUAAAUGAGGGUUGUAUUAAGCCAUUAUGUGAUCUUUUAGUUUGUCCGGAUAAUAAAAUUAUUCAAGUCGCCCUGGAUGGACUUGAGAAUAUUCUCAAAAUCGGUGAGGCAGACAAGAGCAGCGAAGGUAAUCGUUAUGCGCUGCUUAUUGAUGAAAUUGGCGGCAUGGAAAAAAUUCAUAGUCUUCAGAUACACGAAAAUGCGGAGAUUUAUAAGAAAGCGUAUACUAUUAUUGACACAUACUUUGGCUCGGAGGAUGAGGAGGAUACGAAUAUUGUCCCACAAAUGGAUGCCACUGGUCAAUAUGCAUUCGGAGGAAAUAUGAGUGCACCUCCAGGUGGUUUCCAGUUUGGGAGCGGUCAAAUGUGA